GCUCUUCCCGACCCUGCUGCAGCCCGAAAAAAAAAAAAAAAAGGAACCAAGCAAGCCGACAGCCAUCCCUUGAAAAAAAUCGGUAGAAAGCUUGAAAUUUCUCCUUCUUUUCUUGUUCUAGAACACAUAUAGAACCCAGAAACUUCCCCCCCUCUGCAGAAUUUUCGGAUCUGCCCUGCUCUGCUCUGUCCUUCCACCGGCUGCUCCUGCUUGGUGGGUGCGAAAUUCCCUGAUUUUUCGAUCCCGAAUUUCCCCCUACACUUCCCGCCGACCUCCCCCAAAUUGCAGCUCCGGUUCUGCUGGCUGGAAUUCUGGUUCUUGAUCCUUGGGGCACUUUAGUAUGUGGCUUGAGUACUGGGUUUAUGCGAGUGAGGUAAGUAAAUUAUGGUAACGCACUUUGAUUUUAAAGCACAUUUUAGUUUGUUUUUGAAGUGGUGGUGGGACUAAACCCAUUUUAUACAAAAAUGAGCAUGAUUGAUUUGAAAUAAGAUUAUUAUUCUUUUUAUUGAUUUGAGCAUGCCUUUUUGGAAUUUAUUUAACUGCCCAAUGAUCUGGAAAUUAUCUGUAAAGUAUGAUUUUCUGUUAACUUCUACCUGUUUUGUCUCCAAUAUGGUCAUGUUAUUCGUGUGCCCGUUAGUGGGAGGUUUAUAAACGCUAGCACAUGUCGACAUGUUACUGAUAGAACCGGUUUGUUUCUGUUAUCCUGUUAGUGGGAUUAUACACUAGUAAAUUGUGUAUCUGCCAGUGGGAGGUUCAUAACACUGACCAUGACCUAUAGAAGAGACGUCUAUUUCGUUCCCGUACUGUAUCCCUUUUUCGUGAUUACACUUGUUGGCAUGCUAUAAGUUUAAUUAAGGGCUAUCUAUAUUUUACUUACUGAGUUAUCUCAUAGUUUUUCCUUGUUCACAAUUUCAGGAAGCGAAGUCAAGAACGGGGAAAAACAAGGGGAGUGACGAGUUAGAAGGCUAGCCAUUUUGUAACUUGAAUAUGGAUUUUAGAUAUAGAUCAUGAUCUUGUAAGCAAGAUUUUAAUUGGAGAUUUUAUAAAUUCAUUUAAUGGAUUGUUAGUUUACAAGAGAUUUGAGCUUGAGAUUUUGAGCUUAAGUCAGGUUGGACAUAGAAUUAUUUUGAGAUAUUUGAUUUAAGUUAUUGGAUUGUUUGAUGUAAAUUGGAUAAGUUUCGUGAUUUGUGCAUUUGUGAGACUCUCUCACGAGUGCACGGCGUUUGUUACGCCUCAAAUUUGAGUUU